AUGACUUUUGUCAAAAUAUGUAUUCUUAAAGAUUGCAUACUUUGGUUAAUAUCACUAAUUGAUCGUUUCGUGGGGCUUUUUGAUUUGUUUCAUAAAAUUAAUUGGGACUGGGCGAUCAAGCUCUAUCUGGAGCCUUUAUAUGAUAUGAAAGUGAUCUACGUCGCCAUUACCCUUCUAGGCACGUGCUUCGUCCUUAUACUCAUCAUCAGCAUUCUGCAAUACCUUGAAGUGAGAAAAGAUAGAACUGAGAAAAUGCAAGAAGCACAAAGAUUCCACUUCGAUGCCAUGUAA